AUGGUGGACAGAGAUUACCAUCGUCUCUAUAUCGGCGAGUGGUACUUGGGACGGAAACACGGAAAAGGUUAUUGUCGCUACGAGAAGGGCGACACGUACGAUGGUGAUUGGGUUUCCGGGAAGAGGGAGGGAGCCGGACUUCGAAUAUAUCCCAGUGGUGCAAGAUACGUUGGUCAAUGGAAAAAUAAUUUCCGACAUGGGAUUGGCACCAUGGCAUGGCCCAAUGGUGACGUUUAUCGCGGCGAAUGGAAGGACGGUGAAAUGCAUGGGUAA